AUGGAAAAAAGGAAGCGAUCAGAAAUUGAACCACAACGUUUAAGACCUGCCCAUUUACCAUCUGACUCCAUCAACCCGUUCAGUCGCAGCCCUGGACAGCUGCUUCAGUUCUCAUUUGUUGGGCUUACAGAUACAGACGAGGACCCUUCCGAAAAAAUCCCGCUGUUCCCUCAUAGAGGGCUCGAUCACGGCUCUUCUUAUCGGAUAGAAUCGGAAUCCGAUGGUGAGAAGGAGGACGAACAGGGCAAACAAAAAAAGGACCCGAACAAGGACCCUUCACAAAAAGAGAGAAGGUUUCUGAACCUAUUACAAGCAACACAGCAAUUUAUUGACCAGGGUCAAAUUUCACGCGCAGCGAGAGCACAUGGUUUGUUGCUUCAGAUGCAGCCGAGGGGAUACACUACUGAUGUUCGGUAUUACAACCUUUGGGCUAUUGGCGCCGAGAUACUCAUGCGGGAGGGUGAGAAACCUCCACAAUCUGGAGAUGAAGCGUCGAAAAGGAAGAGAAGAUGGGGUUCGGCUGCCAACAUGGAUAAAGUCCGGGCAUACUUUGAAACCCUGAUUCAGCAGCACCCAUAUGACCACAAAAGACCAAGAACUAUCUGUGCGCUGGACUUCUGGCUAGCCUUGCUCAGCUGUGAGAUAUACAAUACACAUACGGAGCAGCUGAUAGCUCUGGAAGAUGCUGAUGAAGGUAUCGACGAAAUCGAAGAGGAGGGAGAGCAUGGCCAACCCUGGGAUAUGGAAAUAGGUGACCUGUCAGAACUUACUGAUAGGGUGGCUGAACCUAUGGAGAGCUCAAUCCCAGGGCGCGAAGACCGCCUCGCUAAACGCAAAGACACCAUUCGGCUACAAGCCCUUGUGAGCAUGAAAGAUGUGGCGGAAAAAAUGGAUAGGCUCGUUCAGGAUCGGCCGUAUUCGAAGCACGAUCAGUUCUUAAGGCUUCGUGCAAUGGUCUCACUCUACAUUUCUGACUUGAUUCUGCCAGUCGUGCCUAUGCCCUACCUAGUCAUGCAAAGAGCGGAAGAAGAGAGAGAAUCGGAACAGAUCAUCGCCCGCAGAUAUCUAGCCAGACUUCGAGAUGUAGGGGGUGAAUUGGAUUCAUUCUCAAAGUCUAUCCUGGAGGUCGAGGAUGAUAGGUCUGAGAACAUUCAACGGCCAAUGUUCUCUUCUCUGCCCUUUAGGACCGGUUGA